AUGCCUUACCUAACCAUAAACGUAACUGCCAACUUAGUCUACCGUACAUGUGGAGGUGGCUUUGCCCUUCAACCUCCAGGAGGUGGAUCUGAUGAAUUUCGAGAAAGAGGUGGUGGGGGUUGGAGCCCUCAUGGAAAUCUAGGGGGAGGAGGUGGUCGCUUUGUAAAUAGAAUACCACAAGGAGGAUCUGGAAGGGGAAAAGGAGGAUCUUGGAGGCAAGGAGGGGAUGGAAGAAUCAGAGAACGAUUAGAGGAGAGUUUCGGGGAAGAAAGAUUCCCUCGAAGGCAAGGAUUGGGUGGAAGGAUCAGGGAAAGACUAGGUUUCGAGGAAAGAUCACAAAGAGGUUUUGGUGGUAGACGACAGGAAUUCAGACAAAGAUCGGGCAAUGUCAAAUCUUCAGGUCCACGACAGCCCUUACGUCAAAGGGCACGUGUGCAACAAGCCCUCCAACAGUUUGAAGAAAGGAGAUCCAGUUAUGGUAGAGGAGGUGAAGGGGGUGGUUUCAGAGAAAGAAUUCGAGAAAGAUUUGAGGACGAACCACAAAGAGGUUUCCGUCGCGGUAGAAUAGAGGAAUUCAGACGAAGAGCUCAAGGCAGUACCAAAUCUUCAGGUCCCCGACAGCCCCUGCGUCAAAGGCCACGUGUUCAACAAGCCCUCCAACAGUUUGAAGAAAGAAGAUCAAGUUAUGGUAGAGGAAAUAGAAGGGGUAGUAGCUUUAGAGGAAAUAGAAGGGGUAGUAGCUUUAGACUUCGAGGUCGCUACCAUCCUCUCCGUCAAAGAAUACGAGCGCAACAGGCCUUUGGACAGUUUGAAGAAAGAAGAUCCAGUGUUGGGGAAGGAGGUUUUGGACGGGGUGGUUUUGGUGGAGAGGGUUUUAGAAGGUAUAGACCUCAAGACAAUGUUAAAUCCUCAGGGCCUCGACAGUCUCUUCGUCAAAGACCACUUGUUCAACAGGCCCUCCAACAAUUUGAAGAAAGAAGAUCCAGUUUUGGUGGUAGGAGUUUUGGGAGGGAGGGUUUCGGUGGAGGGGGUUUUAGAAGAGGUAGCCACAGACCACGCCUUCAACAAGCUUUCCAACAGUUCAGAGGGGGGCCCAGUUUUAGUGUAGGCAAGAGUAGUGGAGGGGGUGGCAUGAUGAUGAUGACACAUGAACAACAGAGACAGAUGACCCUGACAGCGGUGAGAAGUGGAAAUAUACCUGAAUUCCUCAAAUCGCGAAUUCAGAGUUUUUGCCAAACUAUGAGGAGUCAUGGCCAAUUUCGAGAUAAAGAUAGAAUCACAUGGAGGAAUUGCUGCGAUGGUUUCCUUGACCAGACCGGGAACAUGGAUGAAGCUAUGGGAAUAGUCAUGGCUAAUGGUGGGGAUUAA